AUGCAAUCCCUGUGUCCCCCUCUGUGGCAUUGCCUACCCCGCCGGCCCCAGCAGUGGCACGUGCCACCACAUCUCCUCCUCCGUCCAGCGCUGCUCCUCCUGGUCCGUCCAGCGCUGCUCCUCCUGCUCUGGCCAGCGCUCCUCCUCCUGCCCUGGCCAGCACACCCGAGCCAGGAGCCGCCCCUCCCGUGCCAGGAGCUACUUCCCCCCGACCCAGGACUGCUCCCCGCAACACCAGAGCUGCCACUUCCCGGUUGA